AUGCAACCACCGGAGCAGCAUUUAUGGAUCAAUCUUAGUGAGUUAAAAGGUCAGAUAAUCAGAAAGCUCGGACCCGAAAGAUCGAAGCAAUACUUCGACUAUUUGAACAAGUUUUUGAAUUUGAAGUUAAGCAAGGUUGAGUUCGAUAAACUUUGUGUAAGAACAGUUGGGAGGGAUGGUAUCUCGCUUCAUAAUCAGUUAAUUCGUUCGAUUUUAAGGAAUGCUUGUGCAAAGAAAGUUCCGGAUGGAAACAAGAAACCUUUAGAUGGUGUGUUCCAUCAAAAUGGGCCGGGCCCGAUUAUACCAAAUGGAGACGUUUUGCCAACGUCUCCACGAAAGGCAAGAACUACGGGGCGUGAACGAAAAGGCGGAGACCGUAAAAGUGCUCUCGGACCACAUUCAGAAGAUUUUAGUAACGGGCCAAAUGAUGCUCGAAGGCCCGUGCAUCAUCAUCAAGAACUACAUGCACCACUUGGGAUUCCUUAUUACCCAGUGAGUAUAGGUGGGUCUCGCAGGGCUGCACAACCUACUAAAUCUGUUGGUGGGUCCCACACCAACUGUUUGUUAGAUACAAUAACAUUGCGGGCACGCAUGGAGCCCAUAGUCGCAACACAAGGUCUACAAGGUGUGUCAGUGGAUGGUGCAAACGCACUAAAUAUCGGAUUAAAUGCUUAUUUGAAACGUAUAGUAAGGUCUUGUUAUGAACUUACAAGGCCAAUCAAAACUGGACUGGAUCAUGAAACAAAACGUUCAAUAUCUUUGCAAGAUUUUCGGGUUGCGAUGGAGCUAAACCCUCAGCAACUCGGAGAAGAUUCGCCGAUACUUCUCGAGAGGAUAUGCACACAUGCGUUUGAGGAAUGA